AUGUGUCUGCUUCCGAAGCAGAACGUGACUCGCAGCUGCAUCUACGGUGGUCCGCGCCUAUACUAUACGGUCAAUGGAGAUACGUACGAUAUCAUCGCGCGCAGGCUGAACAUUACUAUGGAGUCAGUGAUGUCGAAUAUGAAAUCAAAUGAGACCGCGACAACACCUCUGGCACCGGGGCAGUUCGUUAAGAUCCCGGUUUUCUAUCCGAGCCAGUGCGUGGUCCAGCCGUAUUCGUUCAAGUAUGGUGUCCAUAAGGAUCUGGCUGAAAAGUUUGGUACGACCGUCGGGCAGAUCAUGAUGUUGAGUCCGACGUAUAAUUAUAGCAGCAGUGCGCUGCGCGGGGAAACUCCGCCGUCGAUUAACGUCGCUAUUAACUGCACGCUGCUGUCGAGUAACUACAUAGUGUUGGAUUGA